AUGGGCGCGCAUCACCAGAAUCCCUUUGCCAGCCCGGGCGGCAGCCGCCCCGAGUCCUCCAGCUCGACGCCUUGGAAGGACUCGCCGCGACACUCGACCGACGGCGGCGGCCCCGGCACCUUCACGCCGUACACGUACAACAGCGUCGCCCACGACGGCGCCGGCGCCAGCACGCCUGUCCCGGCCCCCAAGCGCCGCUUCAAGAGCUACCGCCUGCGCGGCGAGUACCCCAAGCCCUGGCUCGAGGACAAGGACAUGAAGAAGACGCGGUGGAACAACAUAAUCGUCGGCAGCCUGAUCCUCCUCGGCAUCGCCGCCGCGGGAGUCGUCGUGUACUUCAUGUCCAAGCCCUACGUGCAAAAAGAUUACUGCCUCGUGUACGAGGACAACUUCCAAUCGCUCGACAAGAGCGUCUGGUCGCACGAGGUGCAGCUCGACGGCUUCGGCAACCACGCCUUUGACUGGACGACGACGGACGAGCGCAACUCGUACGUCGACGCCGACGGUCUGCACAUCGUGCCGACGCUGACGACGGAGACGACGGACAUCACAACCGACCAGAUGUACGCCAACUACACGCUCAACCUCGACAGCGACAAGUCGUGCACCGGCGAGUUCAACUCGUCCGCGUGCGUUCUUCGCUCGAACCCGGAGAAGGGCGCCUUCAUCCCGCCCGUCCGCUCCGCGCGACUCACCACGAAAGGCACCAAGAGCAUCCGCUACGGCAUGGUCGAGGUGGUCGCGCGGCUGCCGCGCGGCGACUGGCUGUGGCCGGCCAUCUGGAUGAUGCCCGAGGACUCGGCGUACGGCGCGUGGCCGCGCUCCGGAGAGAUCGACGUCAUGGAGUCGCGCGGCAACGGGCCCGAGUACGCCGAGGGCGGCCGCGACUGGUACUACGGCACGCUGCACUGGGGCCCGUCGCCGCACCGCGACGCCUACUGGCGGACGACCAUGGCCAAGAAGAUCCGCCGCGGCGCCUACUCGGACGGCCUGCACACGUUUGGCAUCCAGUGGACGCCCGACUACAUUUACUUUUACAUCGACUCCAAGAUCCACCAGAUCCUGUUCAUCGGGUUCGACAAGAAGAAGGGGCUGUACGACAAGGGCGCCUUUGCGAAGCAGACGUCGGAGAAUGACACGCUGCUGGACGACCCGUGGACGACGUCCAACUCGACGACGGGGAACGCGCCGUUUGACCAGUCGUUUUACCUGAUUCUGAAUGUUGCGGUCGGCGGCACCAACGGCUUCUUCCUGGAUAAUGUCGGGAGUAAGCCCUGGGUCAACGGCGCGACUAAUGCACGAUGGUCGUUCUGGGACGCUCGGGAUAAGUGGCUGCCGACUUGGGGCGAGGGCGACCAGCGCGGCUUGACGGUGCGCUCGGUCAAGAUGUGGCAGCUCGGCGCCUGUGGGAGUAAGCAGGAGCUGUGA